AUGUGUGCAAUAAUAUAUAAAUAUAAAGAAAUUGCUGAACUUCUGAUUUUGCAUGGCGCAAAUGUCAACAUGCAAGAUUUUACCGGAAUGGCAGCACUUCAUUAUACCGUACUUCAUAUUAGUUAUGAGUUGAAAAAUAAUGCUAAAGAUUUAAUUGAACUUCUACUUUCAAAUGGGGCAGAUGUAAAUGCAAAAACUCAUACUGGGAUGACGCCUCUUCAUUAUGCUGCACAAGGAGGUAAGAACGAACUCUUUGAAAUAUUAAUUUCUAAUGGUGCUGAUAUACAUGCUUUAAAUAAAGAUAAGAAGACCCCUGUUGAUCUAGCCGUUGAGAGUGAAAAAACCAAAAAUGAUUAUGAUGAAGAAACAUACAAAUUAGCAAGUCAUGUGCUGGAUCUCUUUAGAUCAAUGAAUGAGCUUUAA